GAAAAAGAAUUCUUGUGCCGAAAAUCAGAUCUACAGGAUGAACUGAGGCAUCGAGAUCACCAUAUAUCAGAGUUGGAUAAGGAAAUACUUGCUUUGCAUGACAACAUAAGUGCAUUAACCAAGGAACUGGAGUUCAAAGGGAAGGAAGUUCUACGAAUACGUAGCGAAUCUAACCAGCAAAUUAGGCUACAUGAACAAGAUUUAAGCAAGAAACACGAGAAAGAGUUGGAUAUCAUGACAGCUGACCACAUCAGAGAGAAACAAAGCAUGCUGGCAGAUUUUAAUAAGACCCAGGAGCUGCUCAAGGAAAUUAAUUCAGCUUUGCAAGUUUCUUUAGAAGAAAUGGAAGAUAAAUAUCAAAACAGGGAAUCAAGGCCAGAAGACCUGCAGCUUAUUGCAGAGCUGAAAGACCUGAUUGCUGAGAGGGAUCAGCUGAUAAAGAAGCUGAUUGAUGACAAAAAAUUCUAUCAACUGGAACUAGUUAAUAGGGAGACAAACUUCAACAAAGUGUUUAAUGCAAGUCCUAAUGUUGGUGUUAUUAAUCCUCUAGUAAAGCAAAAGAAGAAGAAUGAUAGAUCAGCAAACAGGUUUGUGAGUGUCCCCAAUCUAAGUGCAUUGGAAUCUAGUGGAGUGGGCAAUGGACAUGCUAACCGCCUGGACCCUAUUCCCAAUUCAUCCAUCCACGAUAUUGAGUUCAACAGCAGCAGACCACUUCCACAGCCAAUACCACCCAAAGAGCCCAAGAUGGUUUUGAGCCCUCCUCAGACUGAAGCUUCUUCAAUGGCUUCACCAGAUCCACAACGUCAGGAAUGGUUUGCUCGUUACUUCACAUUCUGAGAGAUUAUUUUUGAAUGGCACAGCAUGGUGUGGACUGUACUGUUCAUAAUAGCAUGACCUUACAAUAAAUCCUUAUGUGAAACAAGCUUUCUUGUAAUAUGUCAAACACUGUGAAUGAGAACGUAUUUGUCUCUCUGAUUUGAAAAUGCACUGUAUUUUAUGUGAUACUUGUUGGAAUCACUUGACAUAGUUAUAUAAAUGUGCUUAAUGACACUUAUUUUUAUUUAAAACUGAAAAGUAUUUAAACUUUGUAAUUACUGCAUAAUAAAAUUUCAUAGAAUAAACACAAUCUUUCCUCUACUUUUCCUAUAAAUAUGUAUUUUCUUUGGUUUCAGGGAAGGCUUUCAC